UGCCCCCCAACCUGACCGUCCCCCAGGAGAAGUCGCCGCUGGUGACGCGGGAAGGGGACACCAUCGAGCUGCAGUGCCAGGUGACGGGCAAGCCCAAACCCAUCAUCCUGUGGUCACGGGCCGACAAAGAGGUGGCCAUGCCCGAUGGGGCCCUGCAGAGCGAAAGCUACGACGGGAUCCUGCGCAUCGUCAACGUGUCGCGGGAAAUGACCGGCACCUACCGCUGCCAGACCAGCCAGUACAACGGCUUCAACGUCAAACCCCGCGAGGCWUUGGUGCAGCUCAUCGUGCAGUACCCGCCGGCGGUGGAGCCCACGUUCCUGGAGCUGCGGCAGGGCCAGGGCCGCAGCGUCACCAUGAGCUGCCGCGUUCUCCGCGCGUACCCCACGCGGGUCCUGACCUACGAGUGGCGCCUGGGCGGGAAACUGCUACGCACUGGCCACUUCGACCUGCAGGACUCCACCGAGUUCACCGUCAGCAGCCUCUCCCGCGACUCCUACGGCAUCUACAACUGCAACAUCAUCAACGAGGCGGGCGCCGGCCGCUGCAGCUUCCUCGUCACAGGAAAGGCCUACGCCCCCGAGUUCUACUACGACACGUACAACCCRCUGUGGCAGAACCGGCCCCGCGUGUACUCGUACAGCCUGCAGUGGACRCAGAUGAACCCCAGCGCUCGCUUCGGAGAGGGCGACUCCACCAUCCGCGUCAUCAAAUACAGCGCUCCAGUGAAUCCACACCUACGAGAGUUCCACUGCGGCUUCGAGGAUGGGAACAUUUGCCUUUUCACUCAAGAUGACACGGACAACUUUGACUGGACAAAACAGAGCACUGCCACCAGGGACACCAAGUACACCCCRAACACGGGGCCCAACGCCGAUCGCACCGGCUCCAAGGAGGGUUUUUACAUGUACAUYGAGACGUCCCGGCCCAGGCUGGAAGGGGAGAAAGCCCGGCUCGUCAGUCCCGUUUUCAGCGUCGCUCCCAAAAAUCCCUACGGAGCCACCAACACAGCCUACUGCUUCAGCUUCUACUAUCACAUGUAUGGACAGCACAUAGGAAGUCUGAAUGUUUACCUGCGGCUCAAGGGCCAGACCGCCAUCGAGAACCCGCUGUGGUCAUCGAGCGGGAACAAAGGACAGCACUGGAACCAAGCCCGGGUGAACAUCAACCCUCCCACCUCCUUCCAGCUGAUCUUUGAAGGGAUCCGUGGCCCCGGGAUCGAAGGGGACAUUGCCAUCGAUGACGUGUCCAUCGUGGAAGGGGAGUGUAUGAAAUCCGACCAACCGGCCAACAAUCUACGAUCGGGUGCUGCUGGCCCAUCGGCGCAUAUACGACUUCUCCCCCUUCUCAUCCUCAUGUCUGUCUUAAGUCAUCAGAGGUGACCUUAUCCUGGCAGAGGCUACAAAAGAUUCACCAGGCACUGGCAUGAAGAAAGAGUCUUUGUGAAAUGGACAUUUCCAAACAAACUACCAAAGAUUCCUCCACUGACUGACUCGAAAGCGAAAUAAAUACGUAAAUAAAUAAUUAAAAUUUUAAAAAAAAAAUAAAGUUAAAAAAAAACAAUUAAGAAAGCACUGGGGACUUAGAAAGGCAUCACGGGAGUGGAACUCACUAAGAACCAAGCGUGAGACCGAGAUCUGGCCUAAGCAAGGAAGAGACCUUCAGGUGCUUUUUGUGGUCACUGAUGAAUUCAGCAUGGUCUGGUUGAACUCUCGGCAAAGAGCUCUAGGAACCCUCGUCAAAGCACAAAGUCAUGGCUGGUUUUGUUUCAAAUGAAUCGUUUGCUUGUUACCAUGGAAACCUAAUGGCCUGCCACAACAAAAAUAAGAGAGGAAGGAGAGAGAGAGAGGAAAUACGAACAGAAGGAGCGAGGAACACCUGGCUGUGAACAGGGUAUGUGCAGAGCUGGCGUUUCCCUCCCCUUGGCGGAGGGUUUAGCGCGGAGUCCAACAAACCCUUCCCACUUCGGUUGUCACCUCCCCCGGCGGCUGACCCGGGAGCGGAGCCGUUGGUGACACUCCCGUGACAUUCCUGAUGGCUCUGCUCGGUGACUGUGCGCUGUCUCCUCUUGCAUGCAUUCCCAUCCAGGACGUGCCACCUGGGCUCACGUUCGUCACAAGGCUUCACCGGGAGUUUGCUCGCGGCCACCGGAACCCUCUCCCCUUCCCCGCCGGAGGAGUCAUCUGCUCUACGGAAGUGAAGAAACCAAACCACCGUCUUUUAUAAAUUGCCAUGGAAACCAAGUGCCUUCAAUGAAACAAGCCUGAUUUCAAAAAAUAGGAAAAAAAAAAAAAAAAAAAAAAAUAUAUAUAUAUAAAUAUAUAUAUAGAAAAAGAUAAUAAAAAAAUGUAAUAAAUGUAAUAACGAUGAUUUCAACACGGAAGCUUUGCACUGCUGAAAACGUGGGUUGUGCAAACUCUUUUCUAAACAAACUCUGGAGCCUGGGUGUGCAGGCAAGGAGACAGAGCCGCUUCUGGAGAAGGAUGGACGGAGCUGAGGUGGCGCCGCGGAAUUCCUUCGGGAUGAGAUCCAUGUGGCACCACCUUCCCGGCAGCCAUGGCCUUUCAGCUUCUCACCCAUUAGAAACAGCUCCCGGUGCUCCCGGCAAUGGGAGCGGCACUUUUCGUUGUCGUCGUCGUCGUCGUUUUCAGGUUCUCCAGUGGGUCAACCAGAGGAAAAAAAAAAAGGUGGUUGGGACACACACUCGGUGCAGAAGGUGGUGAAACACAGGAGGAUUUUCUUACUCUCCCCCUCUGUUGGGAACGGCUCCCGACAUCCGGAGCUCYGGACGCCCCAAGGGGGGCUCUGCCUCUGCCCCGGAGCCAGACUCGGUGCAGAGGGCGAAAGAUUAUUUUGUUAUUGUAGCGAAAUUAAAAAAAAAAAAGGUUAAAAAAAAUUAAAAAUAAUCCACUUUUACAAGGAAAAAAAAAUAAAAGCUGUACAAAAAAUGGGUUUGAGCUACCCGAACACGUGCCGGUUUUCCACUGCAUUGUAAAGUUCCCUUCCAGUUGGUUAUGAAAUUUGAAGACCUUUUUCCUUAAAUUAUCUCAGCUUUUAACUUCAUUUAAAAAAAAAGGAAAGACUUUUGUCUAAAGAAGAGUAUUAUUAUUAUAAUUAUUAUAAUUAUUAUUAUUAUUCUGUGUUCUCUCGACACCCUAGGAUUAAAAACAACACCUGAUAUGCAAAUAAUUGGAGUACAACCGUGAAAACAACAA